UGUUGAGCAGUGUGUUAUGUUACCGUCUAUGCUCCUAUCUCCCGGUAAAAAAUGCGUAACUUAAUGUAGGAAAUAAGAGGCCAAAACCACCCUAGACAUGCCGAAUAAGACCAAGAAAGACAAGGCCGCAAGUAAACCAGCGGGAGGCAACAACAAGAAUUCCAGUAAAGAUGGCAUUGAUGAUGAGACAAGAAAUCGCACAACAAAUGUACCCCCUCCUACCCAGCUGACCAGGUCAAAGGGCACAGGGCCCUUAGUGAAGAAAGAGAAGAGGCAGGGCUCGUCCCGGUUUAACAUCAGCAAGAACAGGGAACUGCAGAGACUCCCGCUUCUCAAAGAUGCCACCCCAGCAGAGAGAGAAGACCUGUUCACAAAGAAGCUGCAGCAGUGCAGUGUGGUCUUUGACUUUAUAUCAGACCCACUCAGUGACCUGAAAUGGAAGGAGGUCAAACGAGCCGCUCUGAACGAGCUGGUGGAGUUUGUCACCCAUCAGAGGAGCGUCAUAACAGAGCCUAUUUAUCCAGAAGCUGUUAAAAUGUUUUCAAUCAAUAUGUUCCGAACGUUGCCCCCACCUUCAAACCCCAGCGGUGCCGAGUUUGACCCUGAAGAAGAUGAGCCGACAUUAGAAGCGGCUUGGCCACACCUACAGCUUGUUUAUGAAUUUUUCCUACGAUUCUUGGAAUCACCGGACUUCCAACCAAACACGGCCAAGAAGCACAUUGACCAGAAGUUUGUAUUACAGUUACUUGAGCUGUUCGAUAGUGAAGAUCCAAGGGAGAGAGAUUUCCUCAAGACGACACUACAUCGUAUAUACGGCAAAUUUCUUGGUCUCAGAGCUUAUAUAAGAAAGCACAUCAACCAUAUAUUUUAUAGGUUUGUCUACGAAACGGAACAUCACAAUGGUGUUGCAGAACUAUUAGAAAUUCUUGGAAGCAUCAUCAAUGGGUUUGCUUUACCACUUAAAGAGGAACACAAGUCAUUCCUUCUCAGAGUCCUCAUGCCUUUACACAAGGCCAAGUCCCUCAGUGUCUACCACCCACAGUUAGCGUAUUGUGUUGUGCAGUUCUUAGAAAAGGACCCGAGUUUAACAGAAAAGGUUUUAAAGCUACUGUUGAAAUUCUGGCCAAAAGUGCACAGCCCGAAAGAGGUGAUGUUCCUGAAUGAACUAGAAGAAAUUUUGGAUGUGAUUGAGCCAACAGAAUUCAACAAGGUUAUUGAGCCUCUGUUCCAACAGCUCUCUAAGUGUGUAUCAAGCCCUCACUUCCAGGUCGCAGAGAGGGCGCUAUACUAUUGGAAUAAUGAAUACAUAAUGAGCCUUAUAAGUGAUAACGCCGCAGCCAUUCUACCGAUCAUGUUCCCGUCCCUCUACAAGAACUCCAAAGCUCACUGGAACAAGACUAUACAUGGGCUGAUCUACAAUGCACUGAAGCUGUUUAUGGAAAUGAAUCAAAAACUCUUUGAUGAAUGCUCACAGAAGUACAAGCAGGAGAGACAAAAUGAGAAAGACAAGUUAAAAAAGAGGAAUGAAGCUUGGAUAAAGAUGGAGGACGUUGCAAAAAGAAAUCCAAUGUUUGAACGCUUGUCCAAUGAUUUCCAUGACGAUAACAGUCGUAUGGAGGUAGACAUUGACGACGAGGUCUAUGAAGGUGACUUGAACAAGGACAUUGGAAAGGAAGCAAAGGCCCCAAUAGCAAAGAAAGAAACCAAGCAGCUUAUAAGAAGAAAGUCUGAACUUCCCCACGAUGCGUACACGAUGAGGGCGCUAACCACACACAAACGGACUGAAGACUACCUAGUCUCCUCUCAAGAGACUAGUUGAAGGUGCACUAACAAAGUGUAAUUUAAGCAAAACUAAAGUAGUACCGACGAAGAAAAACAAAAAAGCCUAAAAAAAAAUAAUUAAAAGACUCAAAUAUCAUUUAAAUUUGAAGUUGUAUCAUAGCGUACUAUAUAAAUAGUUAAUGCAAACAAAUUUGCUUGUUGCAGCCAUUAAGUUGGACAUCUCCCCCUUUUUGACUGUUCGGCAACGUUCAAUGUGAUAUUUUUAAAGCUAUUUUGUGUAUGGAUGUUGAUAAUUGCAUUAUAUUUUUAGGGAGGGAAUUUAAUUUUGUUUGGGAAGCAGUCAUGAUCUGCUUUACCGUUUGUUAUUACAUUGGAUAACAAAACACCUGUAGUUUAUUUCAUUAGUAGAUGUCAGUUCAUUUGGACACCCGACGUCAUUCAAA